AUAUCUAUAUAAACGUGAAGUCCAGGCUCUGCAAUUCAAUUCUUUUUAUCGUCCUACAAACCGCUGGCCCUAAAAUCCUCAUCUUUCUCUCUUCUCUCUCUCUGAUUAUUGCAAUAACCCAGAAAAUCUAGAAAGCAGUAGGAGGAGGAAACUCUACAACUAACCAGAAAAAGGAGUUUUCCUGAUCUGGAAUGAAGCAAUAGUCCCUCAUUUAUUUUUGCCCAAAACACCGAUUCGAAGUUUAUUUACUUUGUUUUUAUUGUUGUUGCGUUUGGUUGGACUUCUCGGUUUCUCUCUGGUUAAGACAGUGCUCCGAUUGACGACAAACUCUGACUGGCGCCCUCAGGCCAUAGAACUUCAUCAUGGUUGCCACCGCCGCUACUUCUGCUUUCUUUCCCGCCGCAUCUCCAGCUCCAGACUCUGGCCCAAAGACGGCCAAAAAGCUUGCGAAUUUGGGAGGAAUGAAGUCGAAAUCUGCUGGGUCUUCCGGUGCCUUGCAGGGCAAGGCAAGUGCCCAAGCUUCUCCCAAAAUAAAUGGCACCUCGGUUGGGUUGAAAAAACCAGUGGAAGGUGUGAAGAAUGAGUUUGAAACGUCGUCGCCUGCUCCCAGGACUUUCAUUAACACAUUACCUGAUUGGAGCAUGCUUCUUGCUGCUAUCACCACAAUCUUCUUGGCUGCUGAGAAGCAGUGGAUGAUGCUUGAUUGGAAACCAAGGCGGCCCGACAUGCUCAUUGACCCUUUUGGUCUAGGGAGAAUUGUUCAGGAUGGUCUUGUGUUCCGGCAGAAUUUUUCUAUUAGAUCAUAUGAAAUAGGUGCUGAUCGCACAGCGUCGAUAGAAACGUUGAUGAAUCAUCUACAGGAAACUGCCCUUAACCACGUUAAGGGUGCUGGACUUCUUGGUGAUGGCUUUGGUUCGACGCCAGAGAUGUGCAAAAAGAACCUCAUAUGGGUGGUUACACGAAUGCAGGUGGUGGUAGAUCGCUAUCCUACAUGGGAUAUUAAUUUUUUGGGGACAUUAGUGUGUCUGGUAAGCUUAAUAUAUUAUCAUAGGGGUGAUGUUGUGCAAGUAGACACUUGGGUCAGUCCAUCUGGAAAGAAUGGUAUGCGCCGUGAUUGGGUUUUACUUGAUUCUAAAACUGGCAAAACUCUGACAAGAGCCUCUAGUGUUUGGGUGAUGAUGAAUAAACAAACCAGGAGGUUGUCUAAGAUUCCAGAAGAAGUUCGGGGAGAAAUAGAGCCUUAUUUUACGGAUACUGUUCCUGUUGUGGAAGAGGAUAGCAGAAAACUACAAAAACUUGAUGACAAUACAGCAGACUAUGUUCGUACUGGGUUAAGUCCUAGGUGGAGUGAUUUAGAUGUCAACCUGCAUGUCAACAAUGUGAAGUAUAUUGGCUGGAUCCUUGAGGUAGAUGCUCAAGUGAAUUUCUUUCUUCAGUUCAUCUCCUUUGGUGCUCCAUUGCCGAUCUUGGAGAGCUAUGAGCUUUCUGCCAUGACCUUGGAGUACAGGAGGGAGUGUGGAAAGGACAACGUGCUUCAGUCAUUGACUGCCGUCUCUGGCAGUGGAGUUGGUAAUUUGGGAACUCUGGCUGACAUGGAGUGCCAGCACUUACUUCGACUCGAGAAUGGAGCUGAGAUUGUGAGGGGCAGGACGUCGUGGAGGCCCAAACAUGCCAGCAACUUUGGAACUUUUGGUCCAAUUCCUGCUGAAAGCAUCGAAUAUUAAUAUGAAGUGCUAUUGUGGAUGGAAUGGAUAUAGGAGCGCUGGUGUAGAAUAAUACUCUGCAUCUGUUUCUUGGAUUUUAUUCGUAUUUCUUCUUUUUCUAUAUAUAUAUUUAUAUAU